AUGAGAACAAUAGCUGAUACGACGACAUUUUAUGCGGCUUCACAAAAUAAUGAAAAACGAUACCGAUAUAAUAUAGCUAAACAAUGAGAAUAUACAGGUGAUCUUGUUCAUCCUCUACUCUAUACAUUUGUUCCAGCUCAUGCUUUAUUACCGGAUGAUGGUAUUCAUACACAAUUACUCGGUUGUAAUCUAUCAAAUACAUUUAAUUAUAAAUUUCGACCUCAUUCUCUACCUGAUCUAACACAUGAAGAUUAUCAAAUAAGUUUUGAUCCUAAUUAUGAAAAAAGAAAUGUAAAAUAUAAACGUAUUCUUAAUGAAAUUCAAUUUAAUGAUUCAGAUUAUGAUUCAGAAUUAAAUGAUAUAGACACGUUUAUUAAUAAACAAGAUCCUAUUCAAGUAUAUCUUCAAGCAUGUAAACAAUAUCAAAUUCAUCCAUUUAAUACUGUUAUUGAAGGAUUAAAUAUGAAUAUAGUUGAUUUAUCUGAAAUGUCAAUAAAUGAUGUUGAUCUAAAAGCUCUUUGUCUUGCGCUACGUAUUCAUACAAAAAUGAAAUGUAUUCGUUUGAAUGGUAAUAAUAUUACAGCACAAGGUUGUGUCUACCUUCAAGAAACAUUAAAAGAUAAUUAUACAAUUGAAGAACUUGAUAUUUCAAAAAAUCCAAUUAAAACAGAAGGAAUUGAAAUUUUAUCUUUAUUAUUUAUAAAUGAUGAAACAAAAAUGUCGAUUAUUAAAAAAUUAAAUUUAUCAUAAGACGCACCUGAAUUAAGAAUUCUUGAUUUAAGCUGGAAUAUGAUUCGUGAUUAUGACAUACGUCCUAUAUGUAACAGUUUGAAAAAUAAUCAAUCACUUGAAAGACUUGAUCUAAUGAUGAAUGGAUUGGGUAAUCAAGGUGCAAUACUUAUUGCGAAUAUGUUAUCAAACAAUGAAACUUUAAUUGAACUUGAUUUGUCAAAUAAUUGUAUUGAAAAAGAUGGAGCAGAUAUAUUUGCUUCAAAACUUGAAAUGAAUCGUAGAUUAAAAAAACUUUGGUUUGGUAAUAAUAAUAUUGGCACACUUGGCUCUCUUGUUCUUUUAAAAGCCAUUGAUCAUAUUAAAAGUCAAGUUGAAUAUCUUAAUAUCGAAAAUGUUCUUAUUAAUGAUGAUUUUCUUGAUUUAUAUACACAAAUCAAUCAAUAUUUAAGACCACUUGAAGUUAUACAUGGUGGAAUACGAGGAAGACUAGGACGAUCGCAUUUAACAGUUCCCGGUUUUACUAUUAUGGAUGAUAUUGAUUUACGAUAUCUUGAUACGAAAUCAUUACAUGCAAUGUUUCAACGAGAUCCAUUUAAAAUUCUUGCUCGUAUGGCUAAAGAAGGUGGAUAUGAUUUUCCAAAAGCAUUGAAAAAAUGGGAUAUAGAAGAACAUGGACAUUUAACAUAUUCUAUCUAUGUUAUUGAUUUUCCAAGUGCUGUUAAAGUAUGA